AUGUCAGAGCACUAUUUAUGUUUAUAAAUAUUAUUUCAAAAAAUGAAUAUUCCUUCGUUUAUAAAUUGUUAUAGUAUACCAUUCUUCAAUGUAAAAUUCCAAUGAUCUCCAGCAAUGAUGGAGUUGGAAAAGCUCAAAAUUCUCGUAUUUGCAGGAAUUUGACGGAAUUUUGCUCAUCCAGACAAUAUGCGUAUUGUGGUAUUAAAGUUCUUCGUAGAAAUUUUAGUAUGGUUUUUUGUACUUGUGGGAUAUGCUUCAGUUGAUCUUGUCCCUUGCAACAAGUCUAGAAAAAUAUUUACUGAUUCAUGGGGUGUUAUCACAGAUGGCCCUAUUGGGUCCAAUUACACCCAAGACAGUCAUUGUGAAUGGUUAAUAAAAGCCAAUGAAACGAGCAAAUUCAUAACAUUACACUUCAGAAGUAUGGGAACCGAGUGUUCUUACGACUAUGUAUUUGUUUAUGAUGGUGAUUCAUUUCAUUCACCUUUAUUAGGUAGUUUUAGUGGUAAAACCGAACCACAACAAGUGAUAGCAACCUCUGGUCAUAUGUUAAUUUUACUGUAUAGUGACACCAACUACGUUCUUGAUGGUUUUCGUGCCGAGUUCUCCAUCACAGAUUGUCCUAAUAAUUGUUCUAAUCAUGGCGUAUGCUAUAGUCAUCAAUGCAUUUGUAGUAGUGAUUGGGGUGGCUUUGACUGUUCACGGCAUUUAUGUCCAGAGAAAUGUGGUAGAAAAUAUGGCCGUGGCCGUUGUGAGCAAGAACAGGGCUGUAUUUGCCAACCUGGAUAUUCAGGACAAGCUUGUAGUUUGCAUGAACAUGAUAGCAUUGGUAACAAAUGGCAUUGGCUGUCUCAUUCAGAAGGAGGAUUACAACCACGAGCAGCCCACACAGCAGUAUAUGUAGAUAUAACCGAUUCAUUGUAUGUGUUUGGUGGAUAUAAUUUGAAUUCAAUACUCAGUUCGAUGUCUGUAUAUAGUUUCAAAAAUAGCACUUGGAGAGAUGAAUAUGGGAAUAUUUUACCAGAUAAAAAGUUGUAUAAUAUCGGUUCUGUGGCAGCACUUAUAGAACAUGCAGGGUCUGACUGGCAACGUAAAUGGGGAAUCAAUUCAGGAAAGUCAUUUUUACGGAAUCUAUUGUACACUGUCCCUCAAAACUCGACUGCAUUUAAAAGAAGACAAAGACAUUCACAUUCCAACGAAGGUCAUAAACCGUCUGCACGAUAUGGUCAUGCUGCUUGUACUAUAAAUAAAGGGUUUUUAAUGUAUGGUGGUAAAUUAGGAAAUGGAAGUUUAUCCAAAGAGCUUUGGUUUUAUAAUGUUCUCACACAUAAAUGGGAACUAAGAGCAAAAUUUUCAAAACUACAACCACCUCCUCUUACCAGACACACCUUGACAAAAGUCAACGAAAGUAUUUAUCUUUUUGGUGGAAGCUUAGAAAAUGGAGAGUUCUCUUCAGGUCUGUUCAGUAUAAAAUUGGAAGAAGAUGGAACCGAAGAAUGGGUUGAGGUUAAGCCUAGAGGAGGCAAAGAGUUGGAUGUGCGAGUUGUUGCCCAUACCACAAACUACCACGCAAGCACAAAUUCCCUGAUUGUUUACGGAGGCAUAUUAUCGGGAGUUGCAAGAUUUUCAAAAUUGAGCGAUCGCAUGUUCAUUUUCCAAUUAGACGAGAAAUACUGGAGUGAAGUGCAUUAUACACGUGAACAUUUGAGAGAAAAAUUCGUACCUCGUGAAAGGGCUUUCCAUACUGCCGAUAUACUAGAGAAUUAUCUUAUAAUAUUUGGUGGCUAUUCCCACAGACACAAUAAAGAAGAGAUUUGUUAUGACAAUCAGAUGUACCUUUACCAUUUAGGGUGCCACACUUGGGUAAAUCCUGAAAUUUUAGGAAAUACUAAUGAUUCCAGAUACCCCAAACAUCAGGGUGUUUUUGCUCACGCUUCGGCUGUUAGGAAUGGAAACACUUUAUUACUUGUUGGUGGAUACCACGGCAAUGUUAAUGGAGACUUGCUAGCAUAUACAGUGCCUCCAAUGAUAGCUACUAGGACAGGAAUUAGUUAUGAUCCGGAAUUGACAUGUAGUCGACACAGAGAUUAUGUUAGCUGUUCUGCAGAUCCGGAGUGUGGAUGGUGUUCUGCAGACGAAAUAUGUUACGGAAGGACAAUUGGGGCCAAUUGUACAACUAAUCUUCAAACAACAAGGUGUCCGGGUAUAUGUCCCGCCCUUGGAGAUUGUCAUUCAUGCCUGAUCAAUGGUAAUAUGCGCCAAACAGGAGUGACAAUGGUGUCAGCUUCGCAGAAAUUGAGAUUAGGUGAGUGCACUUGGUGUGUGCAGAAUGCUAGAUGUCAUCACAAAGAUGACACUUAUGGCAUUUGUGGAUUGAGAGAAGACAGUCCUAGCAUGAUUCCUGGGUGGUGGGGAGCGAAAGGAACUGAAGUAUUGGAGCCAAAACAAUGUCGAGAGUUGGAUCAAAGACCUGGACUGACAUUUGUGAAAUAUUAUCAUCCAGUUAAUCUCAGUCAACCUGAUCAUGUUGCAAUCAUAAAUGCAACUACGGUUGAUUUCAACAGCCUUCCUAAUCCUUUACCAAAAACAGACCCUACAGCUGGAGGAGAAAUGGUAGCAAGACUGCAAGGAUAUUUGAGACUACCUGACGAUUGGCAAGAUCUCCUCAAUAUUUGUAUCAGUUAUUGCACUGCUACACUUAAGAUAUCAGAUAUCCAACUAAGCAAUUUAACAGCAGAACAAAGUAUUUGUAAAACGAUAAAGUGGCCAGACACUAUAACAGAAAAUAGGGUGUCGAUAGAUUUUGAAACUCAUAAAAUCGUCAGUUUGGGUGCUUAUAACAAUCAUCAGCAGAGUAAAAUGGAGUUGGGUCACUUCAAAACCGACGAAAGUACCCCAAAGGUAUUUACCUUUGAGUAUUUAGAGCCUCAUGCUAAUGGAAGUUGCUCAGAAUAUACAAAUUGCCUCCAUUGUUUAACAGAUUCGAAAUGUGGAUGGUGCGACCUGACUAACACAUGUUUACCACGAUCUGAAGACGAAAGUGUCACUUGCACGUCUGAUGACAAUUGGAGAUACUUAACCUUAUCUCCCAGCUUUUGUUCAAACUGUUCGAAUUUUAUUUCUUGUGAAAGUUGUACCUCCUCAGGCAUAUGUGAAUGGUGGAUCGAAGAAGCAAGAUGUUCUCGCAUAGGCAAAAGACCAGAUGCCGCAGUCUCACCCAAGUAUUGCCCCGUCCCAUGUUUCAAGAGAGAAGGUUGCGCUUCUUGCUUAGACCAGAGAGGCCGUUGCGUUUGGUGCGAAGCAACUCAGCAAUGUUUCAGUUUUUCAGUGUACACCAGCGAAUAUCAGUUUGGCAUGUGUAGGGAGUGGUUAGAUCAGGCAUUUCCUUUAGUUACGCCGAAAGACAACAACAUGUUAACAAACGGAAAGAUACAGGAGAAGUGCAAGUCGUGUUCUUCUUUGAGCAACUGCUCCACCUGUUUGGGUUCACUGAGUUGUGGUUGGUGUUAUAAUUCGUCAAAUCCCAUGUCAGGUGUAUGCGUCCAAGGCGACUUUAACAACCCUCAUGUGAAUUGCUCUGAAGUUUUGAAGCAAGAGAAUGCCAAAUGGGCUUAUGCCCAAUGCCCUGACGUUGACGAGUGUGGCUUAGGCUUACACGAUUGCCAUGCUCAUGCCACUUGUACGAACACCGACGGUUCCUUCAGUUGUCAGUGUAAAAAGGGUUACAUUGGAGAUGGAAGAACUUCAUGUGUGAGAACAUGCUACAAUGUGUGUGUUCAUGGAGUAUGCGAAGGAGAUCCAAAUUACAUUUGCAGGUGUGAUCUGGGUUGGUUUGGAGAUGAUUGUUCUCACAAUUGUGGCUGUAAUAACCACUCGACUUGUCCCCAAGGUGAGGGGAUUUGUGAGAAGUGUCUUGAUUGGACUACGGGUGAAUUUUGUCAGUAUUGUAAACCUGGAAGUUAUGGAAAUGCUACAACAGAAUUAGGUUGUCAACCAUGUGAAUGUAACGGACACGGAAUAAGUGAUAUGGGUGAGUGUGACCCUGACUCGGGUAUUUGCUUCUGCAAAGACAACACAGAAGGCCAAAAUUGUGAAAGGUGUGCUCCAAAUUACUACGGUGAUCCAAGAGGUGGCAACAAAUGUUAUUACCAGUGUGAGUCAAGAGGUCUUUUGACGGGAAGGGACGGACAAGGCAUCAGUUCCAUGCAAGCGUUCAAAGCUCCUUAUGGGGGUACGCCGACAAGGGAGUGUUUGUGGAUUAUUCAUCCAACAGUCGAAUCUGGGUCUCCAUUAAUACAGCUCCAGAUAAAUUCUAGUCAGUUGAAUGUAACUUGUGGAGAGAACGCAGUUUACGUUUAUGAUGGAAUGCCAGAGCCAGACACUGGAAGUCCAAGUCAAAGUUUACUUUUGGGGGUUUUUUGUUCAGAGGAAUCUCUUCCUACAGCUACAGUUGAAUCCAGAGCAGGUUUGAUAACUGUCCACUACAAGCAGGGCUUGCCAGGGGAAGGCUUCAGUGCCUUGUAUAAAGUGUUCAGCUGUGAUGAUUGCAGGUACCCCAGAGUUUGUAGGAACAAAAUGUGCGUAUGUGAUGAACGUUAUGUGGGAUACUACUGCGAAGAGUCUCUUUGUCCCCGAAACUGUAGUUAUGCCAAAGGUCUAGGAGAGUGUGAUAAGUUUUAUGGUCGGUGUAUAUGCAAACCGGGUUGGGUAGGACCUUCUUGCGAUAUCAGGGGUACUGGUACACAAAUCCUCUUCACAGAGCUCUUCAACACAAAAAGACUCGCAGAUCACCUGGAACAUCUUAGAAAAACUCUUCCACGUUUCGGACAUUCGCUGACUUCCGACAGAAGGGGGUCCAUUUGGAUGUUUGGGGGACUAUCUCUGUCUCAUGGACCUUUGAAUGACAUAAGACUGUUUGAUACUAGAAAUAGCACCUGGACUCAGGUCACUGUUGAAUCAACGCUAGACGCCAAAAUGCCACAAGGAAGGUAUUUCCAUGGGGCAGACAUAAUACAUUCCAGACAAUCAAUUUAUGUUUAUGGAGGACUGACCAAACAAGGAAAAGCUGCAACCAACAGAACAUUGUCCGAUUUCUGGACAUUCGAUAUUCCAAAUCAACGUUGGGGGGAAAUAAAAUGGAGUUUUGAGUGGCCCCCAGCAGUAGCUGGGCACACAUUAACUUCUUACAGAAAUUCUUCCGUAGAAAGUUUGAUAUUAAUAGGCGGUGUAUCAAGUCACGAUGGAUUCCUAAAUUCAGUUUGGGAAUUUUUCGUUGAGAAAGAAUCAUGGACCAAGUGGCUAACUAAAGGGAACGGUCCCAAAGGCAUAUAUGGCCACACAACAGUAUUCCAUCAACAAACCAACAGUCUCUAUGUUUUUGGUGGACACAUAUACGAUAAACAACAAUACUCGUUAACAAAUAAUCUGUACAUACUUGAAUACCCGACAAAGACCUGGACUGAACUCAACAGCUUAGGAUCUUCACACUUGCCAAAGCCCAGGUUUUUACAUUCUGCAAUCACAACAAAUACCUACAUGUUGAUUAUGGGCGGAAAGACUCAAAGUUGGAAUAUAACCGACACCCUAUAUGCAUAUUCCUAUAAUUGCAACCAGUGGUUCAAUCUCAUGUCUGAAUCGUUGGAGAAAGUAGGACCCCUUCCAGUGCACACUUACGCUCAAGCCAUGGCAGUCGAACCAGAUGGAGAUGCAGCAUACAUAAUUGGAGGGUGGAGUGCGGAUAGCCAAUGUUCUGUCCUUCGUCUAGAGCUUCCGGAAGACAUUUGCGUUUUAUGGACCACGAAACACAGCUGUCUUAGGGUGGCUGGAUGUGCCUAUUGCGCUGUUAGAGUUGGAGAUGAGAUCGUCCAAGAAGUAUGCCAUUCCAAUCAGAAAGAGUGUCCAUUCGGGAAUGUUCAAUGGAAUUCUUCUAUAGUAUCGAAUCAAGGCAAGCACUGUCAAGAGUCCCCUGUUAGUACUGAGUAUUGUACAUUGCAACAUGAUUGUCUCAGCUGCAUGCAUUCCCAAGGAUGUCAUUGGUGCGAUAACACAUGCUCACAAAAUCAGACCUGCGACAUGAGUUCACCAUCGCAGUGCCCAUUCACAAGGUGUUCGGCUACUGACUGUAUACAGUGUCAUAGUUUGCCUGGCUGUGAUUGGAGUUACUCAAAAAGAGACUGUGUUCUAUUGCUGGAAGAGCAGCAAGCCAACGAUAUCAAGACAUGCGCCCCACCUUGCGUGAACUACACUACGUGCACUUCGUGCCUAGAUGCUGCGGAUUGUCGUUGGUCCACUCAGAUAGACGAGUGCAUCUCAGCUUCUUACCAACCUAUGUACUGUGCCGGUGGUGUUUGCGGAUUGGUCCUCCAAACGGAAGAUAAGCAGUAUUGUCCCGAACCCUGCAAUUCCUUCGAUCAGUGCUCGGUUUGCCUGAAACACGCUUACUGCGGUUGGUGUGCCGCCCCUGGUUCUUCUGGGGAGGGCGUUUGUGCUGAAGGUUCAGGGGACAAACCCAUGAAUGGUACAUGUAACGAAAUAUACAGGGAAGCGAAAUAUAAGUCAAUGGAUGAAUCGGAGCUGGAGACGAAUAUCACAUAUACCUGGCAUUAUGUCAAAUGUCCUCCAGAAAACGAAUGCAACAAUGGACACCACAGCUGCGCUGUAGAGUCUGAGAUAUGUCAGGAUCUUGAUGUUGGAUAUGAGUGUGUUUGUGGAAACGGUUACAAAGCAGGAGCAUCAGGAUGUGAACCAGUGUGUACAGCAGGUUGUGUCAGAGGACAGUGCAUCCAACCGAAUAAAUGUCUCUGUGAUUUUGGUUAUGUUGGUGCCAAUUGUAGCAUACAGUGUCAGUGCAAUGGACAUGCGAACUGUGAAGGACCGGACAAGUUGGACAAAUGCUUGGAAUGUCACAACAAUACUAUGGGUUCCCAAUGUGAAAAAUGCGAACCUCUAUUCGUAGGUGAUCCAUCGGAUGGUGGCCAAUGUGUUCCGUGUUUAGAGUAUUGUCACGGUCAUUCUCCUAUUUGUGUCGACAAUACCACCGAUAUAGAAAUCAGCGAUGGAAUGGAGUUGGAAUAUUUGAAAUUAACCCUGAAGGAAGGUCCAAAAUCGAAUGCCAAGUGUUUGAAGUGUUCCAAUUUGACUUCGGGGACCCAAUGUGAUGAAUGCAUCGACGGAAACUUUAGAGGAACGGAAGAUCACAGGGACCCUUGCAGGCCUUGCGAUUGCCACGGACAUGGGGACACCUGCGAUCCAAUAACUGGCGACAAAUGUAACUGCAAAAAUAAUACGGAAAGUGACGUUUGUGGAGGAGGACCAACUAAAAACUCCGCACGUCCUUGCUGGAUGGUACAGUGUUCCAAAUGUAAAGAAGGAUAUUUCGGUACCCCAACUUCGGGUCAUCAAUGUUACAAGCAAAUGUCGGUCGAUUCAAAGAUGUGUUUCGAUGCUAAGCCUAUCGACGAGUGCAAGAUGAAGCCCAAACCUCUCCAUCCCGGUGAGAUGGUAUUCUUUGUCAUCCAACCCCGUUUCAUGAACGUCGAUAUCAGGAUCAUCAUAGACGUGACACAAGGAAGACUCAAUGUAUUUAUGAGCACCCACGAUGACACUUAUGCAGCCUAUCCAAACACCACUACGGGUCUGAACGAAAUAGAAAUAGAUCAGUUAUAUGGAAGGUGGGAGAAUGGAAGCCAGAAAACUGGCGAUGUAUUCAUGGAAAAGGAAGCGCUAGGACUGAGAACCUACAUCACCAUAACUCAACCGAAAGCCAUCUUGACCGUCAAGGAUUUGAGAGAUCGGUUGGUCAUCACCUUACCAGAGGAAUACCACACGUUGGAAACCACAAGAUUUUUUCUUGUACUUCAGGCUCUGGAUUCUCCAGAUAACGACAAGAAGGUCUCCUACGGGAUCGUGUUUUCCAGACAGGACCAGCUUCACAUAGAUCUCUUUGUGUUUUUCUCUGUCUUCUUCUCCUGCUUCUUCUUGUUCUUAUCAGCUUGCGUGGUGGCCUGGAAGGCCAAGCAGGCGGCUGAUGUUAGAAGAGCUAGAAGGAGACACGUAGUAGAAAUGUUGCAUAUGGCCAAGAGGCCUUUUGCAACUGUGACCUUAAAUUUGAACGGAAAGCCUAAGCCCAGAAGAAAUAUGCAUCAUGAUUUGCGACCAGUUGCUGUUGAACCCACAGAUGACGGACUUGCUGCUGUGGCAACAGUUUUCGUUAAUUUACCGGGAGGACAAGCUCCUCCUGUUAAAUUGGCCUUGGCUUCGUCCCUAAUUCUUCUAACCAGACAAUAUCCCAUCGGAGGAAGGACAUUCCUAAGGAGGCGCUCGACUCACGCUGCGCCCCCAACUUAAAUCUUCUCUCUAAACGAACCUAGAUAUGUUUUAUAAACAUGACGAUUCCUCGAUUAAUACGUUGCUCUUUAUCGGAUAGAUCUCGACAAGAAAUUUUAUUUGUUUGGAUGAAUUUUAAUCACCGUGCUCUUAGUUAGCUGUUUAUAUACGUAUAUGUCCUUUUGACGAGUUCUA